GCGGACAGUCUCGCGUCAGGCGCCGCGCCGCCCGGUACAACCGCCCAAACGCCAAGCCCGCCCUCCCAGCGUAUCCACAUUGCCCACUAACUCCCAUCUAAACACCACCGAAUUCCCCUUUUAUAUUAGUUUUAUUAUCCUGAUCGUUUAAAUACUGUGGUAUUAGAUGGAAAUUAAGAGCUGAAGCAAUUGAAGGUGAUCCUUGUGUGAAACACGAAGUCGGCGCGUCUCAAUGCGCAAAACUCGCAAGCUUAACCAAAAAAUUCGCACAUAGGAAUUUAUAAGUGACGUGAUCCAGAAGUGUGUGUGUGUCAAGUGUAGCAUUAGCCGCGUGUGGUGUGUGGAGUGUGUCGAGCGCGCGUAGUAGUCGUGUGGUGUCGGGUGUCGGGUAGAGCGUGCGCAUGCAGGGGCGCGCGGGAGCCGGCCCGGGCGGGCUCCGCUCGCACCCGCGCGCCCUGCCGCCCGUCUUGCCCCCGCCGCCGCAGUUCGCAACCGAACCAGACGAAAUGCCUGCCACCCAGAUUGCACAGGUGAUCGCGUUGAUAUGCGGCCUGCUGGUAGUGAUCCUGAUGGUGCUGGGGCUAGCGUCGGCCGACUGGCUGAUGGCGGCGGGCUGGCGGCAGGGGUUGUUCAUGCACUGCAUCGACCCGGAGGCGCCCACGCCGCUGCCCUUCGACAUCACCGCGCAGCCGGGCUGCUACGCUGCGAGACCCGCGCCUUAUAUUAAGGCCGCAGCAGGUCUGUGCGUGGCGACGCUGGCGGCGGACGUGUGCGGCGCGCUGCUGACGGGGCUGGGGCUGCGCUCGGCCGACCACCGCACCAAGUUCCGCUACUACCGGUUCGCGGUGCUCGCCAUGGCUCUUGCGCUGAUGUGCAUCCUUAUAGCCCUAGUGAUAUACCCGGUGUGUUUCGCCGCUGAGUUAAAUCUGGGUACGUAUAUAAUCGGCAACCGUUCGGUGUGGGAGUUUGGCUGGGCGUACGGCGUGGGCUGGGGCGCCGCCAUCUUCCUGUUCGGCGCCGUCAUCCUGCUGCUCUGCGAUAAGGAGAGCGAAGAGCUCUACUACAAGGAGCGGAAAGUGGUGAGCAGCGAGGGUGGUGGGCGCCCCUAGGGUCGCGGGCGCCUGCCCGACCUCGUGCCGUGAGCGCGCUAGCUGCCCCGCGACACGCACGCACACACACAGCGCACACACACACACCCACACAGACACACCGCCACCUUCGAACCCACACACACACCGACACGCUUACGUGUG